UUUUUCGACAACCAAAUAGUCGUAUAAAUCAAAGAAGAAGAAGUCGUUCAAUUCAACAACAACAACAAAGGAGAAGUCAAUCAAGACAACAACGUCAACGUCGUCCACGACAAUUAAAAUUAAAUGAUUUUAUGCCAACAGAAUUACGUGAACGUUCGCCUAGUCUUGAAAAUCUUCCACCAGAAUUUAAUUUAAAUGCGCCACCAGAUGCAUUACCACAACGUGAAAUUUUUGCAACUACAACAAAUAAUAAUAAUAAUAAUAAUAAUACGACACAACCAUUUGUAGUAAAUCAAAAUAAUCAAAAUUGGCAACAACAACAGCAAAAUCGACAAAUAACUACAACAGCAUCAUUUAGACGUCGUCAACGUCGAAAUCGACAAGGACAAUAUCGUCAAAAUAGAGAUGUUAAUAAUAAUCGAUUUGCUGCUUUAGCUAAUAUACAAGAUAUUGAUCCAGAUGAAAUUGAAAUAAUCAAUGAAGAAUCAACUAAUAAUAAUAAUAAUAAAAAAUCAAAAAAGAUACAACUCUAUCUCGAACCAAAUCGAAUGUUAAAAUGGUUUGAAGAUAAAUUUACAAAAGGUACAAAAAAUCCGUUAAGUAGUCGUGGUAAUCAAGCUUAUCUAUUAGCUAGUGCACCUAUCUAUGAUAAAUGGGUCAGAGAUAAUUACGAAUUACAAAUCUGGCAAACAUAUUUAAAAAUGGGCACAGAACAAAACCAUUGGGCCAAAGAAGUCGUUCAACGUACAAAAAAACGAGAUAAUAUAAUAAAUACUCGUUUUGUACAAAAGAAAAUUAAUCGACUAACACAAAAUAUUACUGAAGCUAGUGCUACUAUUUCCAAUUUACAAAUCCAAUUAACUACAUAUUGGACACAAGUAAAUGGAGAAAAAUUGACUGAUAUUAUAGGAAAUAUUGUCUAUGAUAAAAUUAAUAAUAAAAAAUCUACAACAGCAGCUACAACAGUAACUAGUCCAACAACAGCACCAACGACAACUACAACAACAACAACAAGUUUAAAAAAUCAAAUUCGUGAACCUACAGAACGAUUAGAAAAUUAUAUUUUAGAAUAUAUUUAUACAUAUACACAACAUGUUAAGAAAUUGGCUGAAACAAAAAUUCAAUUGGCCAAAGCACAAUUAGAUGAAUUUAAAGCUCUUGAAGAAUUUGAACAAAUAGCUACUCCAGCUCAAUGGAAUAUUCAUUUAACUUUAAAACCGAAAAUAAAACUUUGGUCAACUAAAAAUAAAAAUUAUCUUACAGCAGCCAAACGUGUUGAAUAUGAUAUACCUCCAAAAUUUAUUGAAAAAGUCGAUUUUUUAUUUAAAAUUGACGAAUCAAUUAUAAAUCACGAAGAAGCUCAAGCUACAUAUAAUCAAAUGCGUCAAAUUACUAAAGAUUUUCGAAUACAAGCAAUAACAUUAUAUGUACAAUCAUUAACUCGAGAAAAUGAAUUAUUAUCGAAUGAAAUUAAACGUAUUAUUGAAGGCUUCCCUCAAGAUAAUGACGAUGGUUUUGAUGCUGAACCUGGAAUUCUUGCUCCAGCCAUAAUCAAUGAAGCAAAUAUUCCAUUAACCGAGGAAGAAUACCAAUUAUUAAAGUUAGGUCCUCGGUUUAUCUACAAUGAUCCAAAAACGGCAUCUCGACGACGUACAAUCGAAUUAAAUGCUCUUAAGCGAAAAAUAGAAACUCGAUUCUUUGAAAAGAAAGUAAAGCCUGGUCGUCCAGUCGAACAAUUUAUUGCCGAAAUAGAUAAUGUGCUUCAAAGAUUACAUAAUAUACCAAAAACAGAUCAACAUAAAAAAGAUAAAGAAAUAAAUAAUAUAUCAUAUGAGAAUUUAGAAUCUGUUAUACAAUCAAGUCAAUCUCAAAAGAUUUUAAUUAAUACUAUAAAAAAGAAGAAAAAUUAUAACCGAUUAGUUAAAAGAUUAAGAUAUAAAUUAAAAUUAACUAAUAUAAUCUUAAGAAAGUCGGACAAAUCAAAAGUAUUCCAUUUGGGUAAAUCUGAAGAUUAUCACAAAAAAUCUGAUGAAUAUAUGGCUAAAACUCAAGCAUAUAAAUGCUUAGGAACAAAUGAUCCAUUACCAGAUUUAAUUAAACGAACCAAUAAAUAUUUGUUAGACUUACGAUUAGCUAAAUGGAUUACUCAAAAACAAUAUGAAAAAUUAUGUAUUAAUCCAAAUGAAGUUGAACUUGCUCAUUUAUAUUAUUUACCAAAAGCUCAUAAACCAGGUACUCCUCUUCGUCCAAUUGUUUCUGGUCUCAAACAUCCUACAGUCAAAAUAUCAAAAUUUCUUGAUAAACUAUUAAGACCAUUAUUUGAUAAAAUAGCUUCAAAGACAACAGUAACUUCUGGAUUUGAAUUAUUAAAACAAUUACUAGAAUGGUCAAAAACAAAUAUAAGUGAAGAUACUUUAUUCUGUACAAUUGAUGUUAUGGACCUUUACACAAUGGUGCCACAAACAGAAGGAGUACUAUUAUUAAAGAAAAUGUUAGAUCAUUUAAAACUAAAACAAAUUGGUGGCCUUAAAAUUGAAACAAUUAUUCGAUUAAGUCGAUUUGUUAUGCAAAAUAAUUAUUUUUCUUAUAAUAAUAAAUUUUAUCAUCAAGUCCGUGGAGGAGCAAUGGGUUCUCCUCUUACAUUAACUAUUGCCAAUUGUUAUAUGUUCUUUUAUGAACAACAAAUUGUUAAACAAAUUAAUAAUAGUGGCGGACUUUAUUUUAGAUACAUUGAUGAUAUAUUUCUUGCAAUUAAUUGGCCCGUUCGCCAUUUAUUUAAACAAAUCGACAGAUGGAAUCGUUUCGACGAAAAUAUUAAAUUAUCAGAAAAUAUAGGUUCAACAGCAAAUUUUCUCGAUUUACAUAUAGAAAAUCAAGAUGGAGUAUUAUUUACUUCAAUAUUUCAAAAACCAUCCUACGAACCGUAUUAUUUACCAUUCAAUAGCAUUCAUCCAUUACAUAUGAAGAAAAAUGUAGUAUUUACUAUGUUACUUCGUACUAUUAGAUAUUGCUCAACAUUUCAGGCCCACCUGAAUGAACGUGAAAAAUUACGAAUGGCAUUACUAUUAAAUAAAUAUCCAAACAAAUUUAUAAAUGAACAAUUUAAUAAUAUACUAAUAAAACUCAAUAUUAAAGACCCAUUAACUUUUAAUAAUUAUUCUCAAUAUCGUCAAAUGGUUAUAAAUUCUCCAAUAAGAGAAAAAGUACCGAUUGACUACAAAAAAACAAUAUUCAUACAUUUUACAUAUUGUUCAAGUAUGAAAACAUUUCCUGUUAAAUUCCAUAUUCUUUGGAAUAAAUAUUUUGGAGAAUCUCCAAUCAACGAGAUUAUACCUAUUCUUGGUACACGUAAUUUGAAUAACCUCCAAAGCAGAUUAGUUCAUACUAGAACAUAA